AUGGCCCCCAACCGUGUUGUCGUCUCCAGCAAUGGCUACCUCCCCGAGAAUACCACCAUCGUCCGCAGCCUCCUGAUCUUCGGUGCCGGUGUCGCGUUUCUCCACAGCAGCCUCGGCGAGUUCCUUCUUUCCUCCCAUGUAAACCGACUCCAUACGCCUCAAAUCGACUCGAACCAUUUCUUUGGAACAUGCGAAGCAUACUGGCGUCGGUCUAGGGAACAUGUUGGUAGAUACGUCUCGUCCGAUGCUUUCGAUAUCUCUGUAUAA